GCUGAACGCAGCCCAGAUCUCUCGCUUCUAUGAAAUCUAUUUGGACUAUUUGCUCCAGCUAGUAUAGUCUUGAAGUCAGCAUGGAAAUGAAUUCGUCAGCGCUUUGUGCUUUGGUUAUUGUUCUGUUGGCAUUUGAUUUGAAAAUAAUCUCUGCUGCAGAAACUAGAGGAAAUUCUACAGGUGAGUUGUUCAAAUUACUUUGCAUUAUUUGUCACUAUUUGUCAUGAAACAAAGUAAGACAAUUUGAUGAGUUAUUUUAAGUAGCCUUUUGACAUGUAGGCCUGCCUAUGUGAUGUGAGACACUAGUGACUAGCUUAUAUAGGCCUAAUUGUGUAUAGGCUAUUUUGCAUCCUAUUGUGUUGUUUAAAAAAAUACAAGCCAGCCAUUAUGACUUAAAUGUAUUGGUUGAAACAAUCCAGCCUUUCCCUUGGCCAUUUUACGCAUAUUUUACGCAUAGCCUACACUGAAUGUUUAUAUACCGUAAAUGAAGGAAAAGGUUAUUUUAAAAGAAAAAACGCGAGACCAAAUUGUUUUUGUAAUCCAUUGCCGCAAUGUUUCUAUGGAAGCCUACUUAGUAAUUACACCGUUAUUAAGUUGAUUUGAGGUCGCCCCAGUUCACUCCAAAGAUUCCUCCUGCUCUCUCACAGUGCCAAUCCUCCCGAAGCCAGGUCAGUGCCCGCGGCUUCUGAACGUGGUGCCAUCACUCAAGGGAUGCUUUUGUGAUGAGGACUGUCCUGGAUAUGACAAAUGCUGCGUAUUUGACUGCGGCGCAGUGUGUGUCCCAACUGCCUUCAGUAAGAAGAACCUGACUGGUUUAUGAACCUCAUCAGGCCCAGCGAUACCCAGCAAAAAUCUGUGUUUUUUCACUACUUUCAUUUAUCUAUAUGUACAGCCUUCAUAUUUAGCCUCACAAUUAAGUGUUUGACGAUUUUAUUUUCAGUACCAUGAAAGUAGAAGUAGAAAUGUAAUGAAAAAGAAUUAGACAAAUUAGUUGCCUUCAUGAGUAUUAUUGACUAAUGUCAAGAAACAAAUGAGGUCCGCCAAACAAUAACUGAUAAAAAAUAAUUUACAGAAAUGGUUUGCUUAGUAAGAAAUGAAUAUCCAACUAGUCAGUGACAACUGUGUGGAGUUUGGAGUUUGUGACAGCAACAAUGUGAGCUUAUUACAGCAUUAUAGACAUGUUCUGGCGUGUCCUAUGAUCUUGUAUGUAGAAGAACUCUUGCUUUCUAACGACUCUUGUGUGGCAUGUGAGCUUCAUAGAGCAAAUCAGUGCGUGUUCGUGAGAGUCUCAGCUUUUCAUAGUAGGGUUCAUAAUAGCUUGUACCUCAAACCGUUUGGAGUUUUCCGACGUCUUUGUGAGAAGAACCGUUUUCAGGAUCCGCCCUUGUCUCACAAACCCCGUUAAUCGCACAGCUAAUGGUUGGUAUGGGACCAUGUAUGUUCCUUCAGCCCUAUGUUCCCUCAGGCCUAUGUUCCCUCAGCCCUAAGUUCUUUCAGUUCUUUCUAUAUUCUAAACCAGGGUUCGGCAACCCAAAUGAGAGGAAUAGUUUUUUUUUUCAAAAUCUCUCAAUAUCUAGUAUUUGUUGGAGCUGCACGGAAUGUACCCCUGUUUAAGAGGAGGAAAAACUGGAAAGAGGGACAUUAUAGACCAAAACUUUAUGUGAAAACUAAUAUUUUACAUCGUGUAUAUUUUUCACAUCCUUGAUGUACACAGGUCUUUUGGUGAGUUGAUCCGCUGUUGCAUGAAUGAAUAAAUAAGAACCGUCAAUAACAGAUUAGAUGCAUGUUUUUGUACCUUGCAUAGAACUGCUCCGAUAAGGCGUUACAUUUAUUUUUACUUGAGUAGAUGCAAAACAAAUACAAAUAAUAAUCUAUCUUAGAAAAUGCAAUUCGGCUGUAAUAUUGACAAAAGGUCAAGGUCACAGUGACUGAACAUGUUCAGUAGGUCCCAUAUAUGCUUAACUAUUAUUACUUAACUACUUAUGUAGAUGCUGAAAUAAUGUUUUACCUUAUAACAAUAAGCAUUUGUGCCAAUUUUUAUUGAAAUUGUUUCAGUGAUUACUGAGGGAACAUAUAGGCUAAGGGAACACUGAGUGGCGCAGUGGUCUAAGGCACUGCAUCGCAGUGCUAGCUGUGCCACUAGAGAUCCUGGUUCGAAUCCAGGCUCUGUCGUAGCCGGCCGCAACCAGGAGACCCAUGGGGCGGUGCACAAUUGGCCCAGCGUCCUCCAGGGUAGGGGAGGGAAUGGCCGGCAGGGAUGUAGCUCAGUUGGUAGAGCUUGGGUUGUGGGUUCGAUUCCCACGGGGGGCCAGUAUGAAAAAUAAAAAGAUAAUGUAUGCACUCACUAACUGUAAGUCGCUCUGGAUAAGAGCGUCUGCUAAAUGACUAAAAUGUAAAUGGAACAUAUAGGGCUGAGGGAACAUAGGCCUGAAGGAAACAUUGAUGAUGGGGCCCAAAUAUCUAGUCACAAAUAUGACAGAUUUUCAGAAAAUGGUUCAUGUCGCUUUGUGGUAAGUUGGGUUCCCUAACAUGUCUGCUCUGCAAAUUGUGUUCCCAAAGCAAAGCCAGGAGUGUGUCCUCGUAGACGAUGGGGCUCAGGGAUGUGUGCCGAGUUCUGUUCCAAUGACAGUGACUGCCCCAAUGAUGAAAAAUGCUGCCACAACGGAUGUGGGCAUGAGUGCAUUGCACCUUACACAGGUAGGUUAUGGUCCCAAAGUGACAGAUACACCCGUCCAUUGCAUUAAUUAUUGCUGCUUUACUCUGGAAACAAGAAAGCUGGACCUUGUAAAGUACAUUUCAUACACAUAUAUAGAUAUAUUUCACAUACAGUGGGGAAAAAAGGUAUUUAGUCAGCCACCAAUUGUGCAAGUUCUCCCACUUAAAAAGAUGAGAGAGGCCUGUAAUUUUCAUCAUAGGUUCACGUCAACUAUGACAGACAAAUUGAGAAAAAAAAAUCCAGAAAAUCACAUUGUAGGAUUUAUUAUGAAUUUAUUAUCAAAUUAUGGUGGAAAAUAAGUAUUUGGUCACCUACAAACAAGCAAGAUUUCUGGCUCUCACAGACCUGUAACUUCUUCUUUAAGAGGCUCCUCUGUCCUCCACUCGUUACCUGUAUUAAUGGCACCUGUUUGAACUUGUUAUCAGUAUAAAAGACACCUGUCCACAACCUCAAACAGUCACACUCCAAACUCCACUAUGGCCAAGACCAAAGAGCUGUCAAAGGACACCAGAAACAAAAUAGUAGACCUGCACCAGGCUGGGAAGACUGAAUCUGCAAUAGGUAAGCAGCUUGGUUUGAAGAAAUCACAUGUGGGAGCAAUUAUUAGGAAAUGGAAGACAUACAAGACCACUGAUAAUCUCCCUCGAUCUGGGGCUCCACGCAAGAGCCCCAGAUCGGUCUCUUGUAGCUCAAGUGUGGUCCUCUGUAGCUCAAUUGGUAGAGCACGGCGCUUGUAACGCCAGGGUAGUGGGUUCGAUCCCCGGCACCACCCAUACACAAAAAUGUAUGCACGCAUGACUGUAAGUCGCUUUGGAUAAAAGCGUCUGCUAAAUGGCAUAUUAUUAUUAUUAUUUAUUAAGAUCUCACCCCGUGGGGUCAAAAUGAUCACAAGAACGGUGAGCAAAAAUCCCAGAACCACACGGGGGGACCUAGUGAAUGACCUGCAGAGAGCUGGGACCAAAGUAACAAAGCCUACCAUCAGUAACACACUACGCCGCCAUGGACUCAAAUCCUGCAGUGCCAGACGUGUCCCCCUGCUUAAACCAGUACAUGUCCAGGCCCGUCUGAAGUUUGCUAGAGUGCAUUUGGAUGAUCCAGAAGAGGAUUGGGAGAAUAUCAAAUGGUCAGAUGAAACCAAAAUAGAACUUUUUGGUAAAAACUCAACUCGUCGUGUUUGGAGGACAAAGAAUUCUGAGUUGCAUCCAAAGAACACCAUACCUACUGUGAAGCAUGGGGGUGGAAACAUCAUGCUUUGGGGCUGUUUUUCUGCAAAGGGACCAGGACGACUGAUCCGUGUAAAGGAAAGAAUGAAUGGGGCCAUGUAUCGUGAGAUUUUGAGUGAAAACCUCCUUCCAUCAGCAAGGGCAUUGAAGAUGAAACGUGGCUGGGUCUUUCAGCAUGACAAUGAUCCCAAACACACCGCCCGGGCAACGAAGGAGUGGCUUCGUAAGAAGCAUUUCAAGGUCCUGGAGUGGCCUAGCCAGUCUCCAGAUCUCAACCCCAUAGAAAAUCUUUGGAGGGAGUUGAAAGUCUGUGUUGCCCAGCGACAGCCCCAAAACAUCACUGCUCUAGAGGAGAUCUGCAUGGAGGAAUGGGCCAAAAUACCAGCAACAGUGUGUGAAAACCUUGUGAAGACUUACAGAAAACGUUUGACCUGUGUCAUUGCCAACAAAGGGUAUAUAACAAAGUAUUGAGAAACUUUUGUUAUUGACCAAAUACUUAUUUUCCACCAUAAUUUGCAAAUAAAUUCAUAAAAAUCCUACAAUGUGAUUUUCUGGAUUUUUUAUUUAUUUUGUCUGUCAUAGUUGACGUGUACCUAUGAUGAAAAUUACAGGCCUCUCUCAUCUUUUUAAGUGGGAGACUUGCACAAUUGGUGGCUGACUAAAUACUUUUUUUCCCCACUGUACACUCUCUCUAGAGCUGAGACACUAAAUUAAGAAGAUUUCCACAAGCCGUGCAGGCAUAUUGAGUCUAUAUUAAUGACCCUGAGCAUUCCAGCCAUAGAAUUAGAAAGAUUCCAUGUCAUUGUAAUAGUACAACUUUAAUGGGAAUAGUCAGUAUAGUUGCUACCAUAAACCUACAUAAUGUUGCUACUUUAUAACUGAACGCCUUUUUUCUGUUACCUUAGUGAAACCUGGUCGCUGUGCCCUGCCUAAGGGGACCCCCAUGUGUGCUGAGUACUGUUACCAUGACGGCCAGUGCCCCGAGGAACAGAAGUGUUGCCGGACAACCUGCGGCCACUCCUGCAGUGAGCCAUGCUCAUAGGACAGCAAGGUUUGGGUCUGGAGAUGAGUGACAACACUCAUAGACUCCUUCUCAAAUAAUUUCAACAAAAAAGAAGAGUUCUCCUUCAAGAAGAGGAAUGCUUGUUGUUGUUUUUUUUAGAGGGGGGAGAGGGGGUUGUACUUGUUUGUAUUCCAAUCAAUAAAGCGGUCUGUGUAGCCUUUAUAUACAUUCCUGAACAUGUAUUACCUUGUUGGUGGAAAUCAAAAGUUUCCAGGGUGCCUUUUUAUGUAGUUUUUAUGCUGGCACUGAGCUGCAAUGACAAAUGAUGGAACACACCAAGAAUGGAAAUUGCUCAAGUAUGUACACGUUUUCUGGCUGUCCACCAGAUUCAGUGCUUAUUCUUCUAUUUGGCCAGUGAUUUGUCUGGAGUACUCAGGUUUCUAGUUUCAACUCCGCACAAAGCUUCUGUGUUCCCGGGCCAAAGUAUACCCACUUCCCUGUCUAAAUGGACUGAGUUUAGCAGAGCUAUUAAACCAGACAUGACCAUCAUUAGCCCUGUUUAUACCUGGUUCUAA